ACAGGUGUGUACAGACUCCACCCCUUCAGUCUUGCACAGGUGUACCGGCUCCUCCCCUUCAGUCUUGCACAGGUGUAUCGGCUCCUCCCCUUCAGUCUUGCACAGGUGUAUCGGCUCCUCCCCUUCAGUCUUGCACAGGUGUACCGGCUCCUCCCCUUCAGUCUUGCACAGGUGUAUCGGCUCCUCCCCUUCAGUCUUGCACAGGUGUACCUGCUCCUCCCCUUCAGUCUUGCACAGGUGUACCGGCUCCUCCCCUUCAGUCUUGCACAGGUGUACCGGCUCCUCCCCUUCAGUCUUGCACAGGUGUACCGGCUCCUCCCCUUCAGUCUUGCACAGGUGUAUCGGCUCCUCCCCUUCAGUCUUGCACAGGUGUACCGGCUCCUCCCCUCAGUCUUGCACAGGUGUACCGGCUCCUCCCCUCAGUCUUGCACAGGUGUACCGGCUCCUCCCCUUCAGUCUUGCACAGGUGUACCGGCUCCUCCCCUUCAGUCUUGCACAGGUGUAUCGGCUCCUCCCCUUCAGUCUUGCACAGGUGUACCGGCUCCUCCCCUCAGUCUUGCACAGGUGUACCGGCUCCUCCCCCUCAGUCUUGCACAGGUGUACCGGCUCCUCCCCUUCAGUCUUGCACAGGUGUACCGGCUCCUCCCCUUCAGUCUUGCACAGGUGUAUCGGCUCCUCCCCUUCAGUCUUGCACAGGUGUACCGGCUC